AUUCUGCUAAAAAACUAAUUUUAAAUUCAUUUUUAAUGAGAUUUUAAUAAACUGACUUAGAAUUCCUGUACAUACACAUUAGUGUGUGUUUAUAUGCUCAUUAUUUGAAAUUUAUUUUUCACCUUGACAAUGGUAUUCCAUCACAUUUACUUAUUCUGUUAUUGUCUUUCCCUAAAUUUAUAGAUAUAUUUUUUGUUUUUUUCCUUCAUAAAACCUUGUCUUCCUCUUUAAUUCAUCACAACAAUGUCAAAUUCAUAUUUUCCUAUCAAGAAUAUAACAACUUACACCAGUAACUGGACAAUUUUGGGGAAAAUCGUGGACAAAUCACCACUCAAGGCGCUUAAGGGAGAUAACUCCUUUUUGUUCGUCGAUAUUGUCGAUAAAAACGGAGAUACAAUUCGAGCCAAGUUUUGGGGCGUUGCAGCUAACAAAUGGAACGACCUGUUAGAAAAGGGGAAUGUGUAUACCUUUUCAAAGGGAACAGUUAACUUGUCGAACAAAAAGUUCAAUACCACCCCUCACAACUAUGAAAUAACAUUUACGACGGAUAGUAAAAUAGAUCCCUCGGAUGAACUUAACGACAUAAAAGUCGAGAGAAACUAUGAGUUUGUUACAUUGAGGGAUAUAAAGUCCACUUCUCGUGACACUCCGUUCGUGGUAGAUAUUCUAUGUUUCGUAAAGUCGUUGACUCCAGUCUCAGUGACGAACACCAAGUUUAACAGAGACACUAAAAAGAGAUUAUUGUAUGUCGUGGAUGACACCAGCUAUGAGUUGGAGGUGACACUUUGGGGUCAAAUGACUGAAUUGCCGAUAUUUGAAGAUAUUCUGGAUAAACCAGUUAUACUAUCACAAGUCACAAUAAAGGAAUGGAAUGGAGGAAGAUUUGGCCAAACAAGUUUGAAUACAGAUAUAAAGUUUGCAGACUUUCAGUCGGUUAGAAAUAAAGAUAGGCUCUCGACCCUUGAGGCUUGGUAUCAAAAGGCUAUGUCUGAAAAUGAAUCUUUUAAAACCAUGAAAACACAAACAAUGUCUUCAUCCAGAGAAUCCUACGAGUUCACAACCAUUGACGAUGCCCUGACCAGGUCUAAGGGGUAUUUCAUAUUCAUCUGUAAGCUGAGGAAACUGUUUUGGAAAAAUAAGGACGGGGAGAUGAGGCUCUGGUACCACGCAUGCCCAACCUGUCUCAAGAAGGUUGUAGAGGAACAAGAAAACGUCUGGAGGUGUAUCACCUGUGACGACUCAAUAGUUACGCCAGUAUUGAGAUACAUUGUUAGCUGUGUGUUUGUGGACUUUUCAGGCCAACUGUUUUCAACAGUAUAUUCAGAGAGCGGAAAAAAACUACUUGGAUAUUCAGAACAGGAGCUAGAUGCAAUGGAUAAGGAAGAACUUAAAAACACACUUGAUUUCGAUGUUCUACAUAAGGACUUUAAAGUCUCAGGUUUCUUCAAGAAUAAAACUUAUAAUGGAGAAUCCAGGAACACAUUCAACGUUACAAACAUAGAGGAAGUUGAUUACGCGAAAGAGGCUGAAUCCCUUCUUGAAAGGAUGCAUUUAACUUACGAAACUGUCGAAAGCUUUUUGUCACUGGACAAACCGGAUUCUGGAAGCUCCCCAAAGAAAACUAAAACCGACCAACAAGAAUAAACACAUUUUAAUAAAAUUUUCAA